AUGACCUUGUCGUUUGCUGAGCGCGUUGAUUCAGCUGUGUUGCUUGUGUUUGAACAUCGGCUAUGGCUCAAGCAUCUUCGGCUGAAGGUGAAAUGCGAUGGGUUUAUCCCGAGUUGUCAGAACUGCGAGACCCUAGGCGUUGAUUGCCCCGGGUACAAGGUAGCCGCAGGAACGAAGAGCAGGCUUGAGGGCGCUACGCUUGAGACUGUUUAUCGUGCCUCUGGUGUUGAGAAACGGCGUGUUGGCUCGUGUGAGGCUUGCCGAAGAGCCAAGGGUCGUUGUGACAAGGCUCGGCCAGCCUGCUCGAGAUGUCUUCAGAGGAGUCUCGCUUGUCGCUACCCUCAGCGACAGAGACCCAGCGCUACCAGUCGAUCAAAUGUAUCAGAAGAGAGUCCUCGGAGUGAUGAGCCGAGACCUGAUGUAGCUGACAUCUCCCCCGGUACGGCUUUCGAUCCCCGAUCUUCAAUGUCUCCACUGGAACCCAGUGCCCGACUACAGAACAGGCCUCUUCCAUGGGAUUUACAGACUCUUAAAACAGUAACAGGGAUUUAUUUCAAUCGAGUGGCUACUCUUCGAUGCCUUGACUUUCUCCACAAGCCUUCGUUCAACCAUUCACUUGAUAAGGGGUCUUUAGUGGAAGACUAUGGCGAGGCAAUCCUUUACGCGAUGGGCGCCCAUGGACUACGCCAUGGUAAGUCUAUGCAACAUCAAGUACCUAGAAAAGAGGCUAAUCACACACAGACUCUCGUGCUACUAUGUGAGUUCGCCCUGCACACCGGUCAAGACGCUUUAGCCUUUAUGCUCUGUGGGUGUUGCCAUAGUGCCGCUCGACUACUCGCUCUCGAUCGCCCGACUCCGCCGAGCAAUAGUGGGGAAGUCUCGGAGGAUAAUAUCCUAAUCGAAGCUCGAAGAAGGGUUCUAUGGUCAUGCUUCAUCCUAGACAGCAUCGUCGGUAGUGGUGUCAAUGAGAACUUGAGGUGGAGGGACGGAGCACCUCAGAUCCCUCUUCCGAGUUCGGACCAGUCCUUUCUUUCUCAAGCCUCGGAUACCGAGGCGCGAUUGUUUCUGCCUCGGAACUCUGACUCGUUCCCUUCGGGUGAGGAACUGCAGAGAUAUAACCUGCGCUCUAAUCUGAUCUACUUGAUGAGCAUGAGGACCAGGGUCUUACGCCUUAUCCGCACCAAUCCAGACGGUGUGGAUAUAUCCAAUAUCCAGUCUCCAUUCAUACAGACUCUUGAUGCUCUAGAAGCCUGGAACAACAGUAUCUCAUCACAGCUACAAUUGACAGAGUUCAGCAUAUAUGUUCACAAAGAACUGAAUACUCUGGAAUCACUCUUCUAUCUUCAUCUCUCCUACCAUAUUCUCGUCUGCGACCUCACACGGAUAUCCAUCCCUGGCUUCGCUUUUCCACUCGCAGCAGCAUUCCGCGCAGCUCCCCAAGCAUUUAUCUCGCACUGUCAAGAUGUCUGUCGUCAUCAUGCUGCCCAGCAUUUGAACUUUCUGUUUGCUGAGUCUACAACCUAUGCGGCAACUUAUGAAGCGACCAAGAUCAUGAUCGUGUACGCUGCCUCACUGAGUGGCAAUGAGCAUGAUACGCGGAUGGGGCUUAAGGAAGACGUCAUGUUCAAUAUGAAGGUGCUAAGUGAGCAGGCUCGCGGAAGUCUACCAAAACGAGCAUGUCGGGCACUGACACGUCUUCUUGACCGAUUUGGAUUCAACGACAUGGUAGACGAUAGUCGUGUCACGCCUCCUUCGCGCACCGGAGAUGAUGCAGGAGAAGUCAGUGGCCCUCCCGAAGCUUUGUACCUUUCCGACCUCGCACCUUUUCGCCGCGCAUACGACGACGUCAACCAGAACCAGGACAGACGUGAGAGUGCGACUGGAUCAUUUGCUAGCUCGUCUCGAAACCUUACUCAGGAUGCGAAUGUUUUGAGACCUUGGAAUCAGCAACUAGCUCAACCGCCGAGUUCUUCGGCAGUGCCUGGCAAUGAAGUCACUUCCGUGGGAGAUUGGACCCAGGCUGCUGGGGAUAUGUCCAACGAAAUAACCUGGGACUUAUUCUCUCUACCGGAUUGGGUAUUUGAGCAGCAUGAGAUGGACUUUGGUGUCUAA